CACAAGAAAACGGAGGCGAGGCGUGGAAGCGAAAGCUUUCACCAGGCCAGGCAAAGAGGAAGCAGCAGCGCGAGUGCGCGACGACGAAACGGCUCCAGCGAAAGGCAAGCAUCUCCCUGUCACCUCGCCCCGCGCUCAGACCACUACUCUCCCCUUCCUCUCGCCGCACGCAAAUGGUCACCUAGGCGCGCGAGGCCGACGCGCCGCUCGCUCCCCACCCAAUGUCGCACUGCCCCCGCGCCUCACUCUCCCUCGCGCCGCCGUCGCCCUUCCUCUUCCCCCACUGCCCGUCUCCGCGCCGGCGGCGGCGCCCGCGCGGUCGCAGCCUCCACCUGACCUCGCGCCCCCUCCUCACCCUCGCUCGCUUCGACCCGCCGCGGCUGUUCCGCCUCAAGGUCUCCGACUCCAGCGCCUCCCCCGGCGAGGCCGCUCACGCCCACGCCCACCACAGCAACCACCGCGCCCACGCCCACCACAGCCCCGCGCCGUCGCUGCUCCCGUGGCCGCGGGCCCUGAUCGGCUCGCUCGCGCCGGUAUGGCGGGAGGGGCUCUUCCUCGUGCGCUGCUCCGUCUUCGCCGCCGUGGUCUCCGUCGCCGGCGCGCUCUCCUGGUUCGCGCAGCUCCGGGCCCGCUCCUUCGUCGAGGCCCGCCUCCUGCCCGCUGCAUGCUCCGCGCUCAGCGAGUACCUCCAGCGGGAGGUCCGCCUCGGCAAGGUGCGCAGCAUCUCGCCGAUCGGGAUCACGCUGCAGACCUGCUCCAUCGGCCCGCACGAGGAGGAGUUCUCCUGCGCCGAGGUGCCCGUCAUGAAGAUUAGGGUACGCCCCUUCGCCAGUCUUAGGAGGGGAAGGGUCGUCGUGGACGCCGUGCUGUCCGAGCCCUCCGCCCUGGUGGCGCAGAAGAAGGAUUUCUCGUGGCUCGGGAUUCCCGCGCCCUCUGAGGGCACGGUCAAGAGGCACUCGGGGGAGGAGGGCAUAGACUACCGCACCAAGACGAGGAGGCUUGCCAGGGAGAAGGCCGCGGAGCAAUGGAACGAGGAGAGGGAUAAAGCCGCAAGGGAAGCCGCUGAAAAGGGAUACACCAUUCCGAGCGGCCAAUCGGUUCCUCUGUCCAGUAAUGAGAUUCUGGAGGCUGAUGGGCCUACCGAGAUUGGGAAGUCCAGUCCACCCCUUUGCGCUGAUCAAAUGCACAAGAAUGAUCAUCACUUGGCAACAGGCAUCGACUCUGGUUCAAAGCAUGCAGAUUUGGAGAAAUCUUUUGGCUUCAAAUCGCCCAUUCCAGGGAUCAACCUCUGGUCUAGGGUGAUUUCAAGCCCUAGUAGGCUCAGGUACAUGAGAAAGGCUCCCAGCAAGGUUAUUCCAGAUGUUGAUAAUUCUUCUCAGCAAAGGAUUCUUAGACGCAGUGCAGAUGCUGCUGUAUCAUAUUUUCAGAACACAGGUCACAUUAAUAUUGAUGAUUCAUCUCCUGGACCAGGAAAAGGCUCGUCGGAUGGUGGUCAUGCCAAUGUUGGUGGCAGUGGAAUCAAUUCAAAUGAUGAAACUGUCAGCAACUCUAAGACUGCAUCAACGAGUUUGGCUGAAUCCCCAUCGCAUAGUCAACUAUCUAGUCAGUGCAGUUCAAGUAAUUUGGAUAACUUGUUACUAUGGCACAAUUUGGAAGAUCUGCAGAUCGGUCAGGCCAAGAAUCCUUCUGGAAAUAAGCCUGUUCCACACCAAGAAAAUAUUUUUGGGAAUUUUGGUUCAUGCACACAUGCUCACAACUGGGUGCCAUUUUGGCCGUUCCAAUUAAAGAGUUGUCCUGUCAGUUUUAAUUCACCUUGGGCAUCUCUGGACCUUCAAAUUGAGAAAUUGAAGUCACAAUUUGCCAUUGGUCCUGGAGAUUUCUCUGCUGAACUUACAGAAGGGGUUAGUGAGAUCCAUCCUGGUGGUGUUCAGAAUGCACUUCCAAUCACCCUGGAUUCUGUGUAUUUCAAUGGAGGUAACUUGAUGCUUCUGGGAUAUGGUGAUCAAGAACCCAGAGAAAUGAAGCAUGCUAGUGGUCAUGUCAAGUUCAAAAACAAUUAUAAUCGUGUACACGUGCAUGUAACUGGGAAUUGCAUGGAGUGGAGGCAAGACCGAUCUUCUCAAGGAGGGGGUUAUCUUUCUACAGAUGUAUUUGUUGACAUAGCUGAGGAAACAUGGCAUGCUAAUCUCAAUAUAGUCGAUGCAUUUGCCCCGCUGUUUGAAAGAAUUUUAGAAAUACCUGUUGUUUGGCACAAAGGAAGAGCUACCGGUGAGGUGCAUAUCUGUAUGUCAAAGGGCGAUAGUUUUCCAAGCAUUCAUGGUCAGCUUGAUGUGAAAGGUCUUGCUUUUCAGAUAUUGGAUGCCCCAUCAUCAUUUUCUGAUAUUGUGGCAAAAUUAUCAUUUCGUGGUCAAAGAGUAUUUCUGCACAAUGCAAGUGGGUGGUUUGGUGACGCUCCAGUUGAAGCUUCUGGAGAUUUGGGACUAAAUCCUGAGGAUGGAGAGUUUCAUCUAAUGUGCCAGGUUCCAUCCGUUGAAGUUAACGCACUUAUGAGGACAAUGAAAAUGAAACCUCUUAUGUUCCCAUUGGCUGGUUCAGUUACUGCUGUAUUUAACUGUCAAGGGCCCCUUGAUGCUCCUGUUUUUGUUGGAAGUGGGAUUGUCUCAAGGAAGUCUUUUUCAGUAUCUGGUAUGCCUCCAUCUGCUGCUUCUGAAGCUGUGAUGCAAAACAAAGAGGCUGGCGCAGUUGCUGCAUUUGACCAUAUUCCAUUCUCUCAUGUGUCGGCCAAUUUCACGUUCAACCUUGACAACUCUGUUGCUGAUUUAUAUGGUAUUAGAGCAUGCCUAUUGGAUGGCGGAGAAAUUCGAGGGGCUGGUAACGCAUGGAUUUGCCCAGAGGGGGAGGGUGAUGAUUCUGCUAUGGAUAUUAAUUUGUCUGGGACUAUUCUGCUUGAUAAAGUAUUGCAUCGUUACAUUCCUGGAGGAAUCCAACUGAUUCCACUCAAGAUUGGAGAGCUCAAUGGAGAGACUAGACUUUCUGGUUCCCUUAUUAGACCGAAGUUUGAUAUCAAAUGGGCUGCACCAAAUGCAGAAGAUUCUUUUUCAGAUGCACGUGGCAAUAUUGUUAUUGCACAUGAUUACAUUAUGGUCAACUCUUCAUCAGUCUCCUUUGAUUUAAAUAGUCGAGUUCAAACAUCAUAUAUUAAUGACUACUUGUUGAACAAGGAGACUUAUCAAAUGAAAAAAAUCAUGCCACUAAUUGUGGAGGGUGUUGAUUUGGAUUUACGUAUGCGAGGCUUUGAGUUUGCUCAUAUAGCCUCUUCAAUUCCUUUUGAUUCACCACGUCCAUUACAUUUGAAAGCAUCUGGAAGGGUCAAAUUUCAAGGAAAAAUCAUGAAAUCUAGCAAUAUAGCUGAUGGCAAUAUCAAUGGUGUUCUUCAAAGUAACAUUGACCAAAAUAAGCUUGAGACCAAUGCGUCAAAGCUUGUAGGCGACAUAUCUCUUUCUGGAAUUAAACUCAACCAGCUCAUGCUAGCGCCACAAUCUACUGGUUUUCUUUCCAUAUCACGGGAUUCUAUGAUGUUGAAUGCUACUGGCAGGCCUGAUGAAAAUUUUUCUAUAGAAGUGAAUGGGCCAUUGCUUUUCACUUCAAACGAGGUUAUUCAAGAUGUAAGGCUUCUGUCUAUAUUCCUCCAAAAGGGCCAGCUGAGAUCUAAUAUCUGUUAUCAUCCUGAGAAUUUGACCAGUCUAGAGGUUCGGAAUUUGACACUCGAUGAGCUGGAGUUUGCUUCAUUGCGCGGAUUUGUUCAAAAGGAACUCACAUCUACUAGGGCUCACUGCCCGGGGCCGUGGUUGGUGGUUGGGGAUUUCAACAUGAUCCUAAACAGUGAUGAUAAAAACAACUCCAAUCUUGAUCGGGCUAUGAUGGGUAGAUUCAGAAGAUGGAAAGAUGAUCUUGCUCUAAUUGAAAUUCCUUUGGUUGGUCGCAAAUAUACUUGGUCGAACGGACAAGAUAACCCCACCUUGGUACAUCUGGAUAGGAUGUUCUGCUCUGCUGAUUGGGAGGAUCUUUUUCCGGGUUGUUUGCUUCAGAGUGCUGCUUCUCAUGAUUCAGAUCAUUGCCCUCUUCUUCUGGGUUUGCAGGAUGUCAAUAGAGCAAAAGGGCGUUUCUUCUUUCAGGCUUUCUGGGUCAAGUUGGAAGGCUUUCAUGAUACUGUGGCUCUGGCUUGGAGUUCGGUGGCGCCAGGUCCCUGUCCUUUUGUCACUCUCUCCAGGAAGUUGCAAGCUACCGCUAGAGCUUUGCAAAGUUGGAGUGCGAAAACAGUGGGCUGUUUGAAGCUGCAGCUUGAGAUGGCUAGGGAACUACUUCAUAUGUUUGAGAUGGCUCAGGAGCUUCGGGUUCUGUCUCCUGCGGAGGACUGGUUCCGGCGUGCUUUGAUGAAGCGCAUUCUUGCGCUCUCCUCCUGGACUAGAUCUGUGGCGCGGCUUCGGUCUCGUGUUACUUGGUUGAGAGUUGGAGACGCCAACACCUCACUCUUCCAUGCUCAAGCAAGAUUCAGGAAGAAGAAGAAUUUUAUUGCUUCCCUAACUACCACCGAGGGUGAGGUCUUGACUUCACACGAUGACAAGGCAACAGCCCUAUUCGACUUCUAUGAUGGUUUGCUAGGUACUGCUUUUCAGAGGGAUGUCUCUAUCAACCUUGAUGAGUUGGGGUUGCAGUCCUUUGAUCUAGAAAGCUUGAAUGUGCCUUUCUCGGUUGAUGAGGUUUGGGACACAAUCAGAUCAACCCCGUCUGACAAAGCCCCGGGGCCGGAUGGUUUCACGGGUCGUUUUUAUAAAUCUUGUUGGUCUAUUAUCAAGCUUGAUGUGAUGGCAGCUGUCUCACGUGUUUGGGAUUGCAAUUUCAGAAAUUUUGGGCUGCUCAAUUCAGCCCUCAUUACCCUUUUGCCAAAGCUUGAGGGUGCAGCCCUUGUGAAGGACUUCCGUCCGAUCAGCCUCAUACAUAGCUUCGCCAAGCUGGUAACAAAGAUGAUGGCAAAUAGGCUGGCUGGACACUUGGGUGCAAUGGUUUCACCCAAUCAGACGGCUUUUAUCAAAAAAAGGUUCAUUCUUGACAACUUCAUAUUGGUGCAGCGUACGGCCAGAUAUCUCCAUCAACAAAGACAAGCUCAUAUCCUCUUCAAGUUAGACAUUUCUAAGGCCUUUGAUUCGGUGUCAUGGCCGUUUCUCAUUGAGGUUUUGAGGAAAAUGGGGUUUGGGCAGAUUUGGUGUGAUGUUGUGUGUGGACUGUUGGCUUCUUCCUCCACAAGAAUUUUUGCUAAAUGGCGUUCCUGGGGAGAUCAUUUCACACCAGAGGGGCCUUAGGCAAGGAGACCCACUAUCCCCUAUGUUGUUCAUUUUGGUUAUGGAUGUUCUGAACUUGCUCAUUCAAAAGGCUUCCGAUGAAGGGUUACUUCAGCAACUAUCUUCUGGGACUUUACAUCACAGGCUUUCUCUCUACGCGGAUGACGCGGUGGUUUUUCUUAGGCCGGUGGCUUCAGACAUCAGUUUGGUCCUGGAGAUCCUUCGACUUUUUGGGGAAGCCUCGGGGCUCAAGACCAAUGUCCUGAAAAGUAGUGUGUUCCCCAUUCGUUGUACCGAAGAUGAUUUGAUGCGGGUCCAAGCUUCUCUCCCCUGCCCCAUUUCUGAUUUUCCGUGUCAAUAUCUUGGACUGCCCCUGUCCUUGGGAAAGCUUUCAAAGGCCCAGUUACAGGCAUUGGUGGACAAGGCAGCUAGUGUUCUCCCAGGUUGGAAGGCCGACCUGAUGACAAAGGCGGGUCGUGCUGUUUAUGUUCAGUUUGUUCUCACAGCAAAAAUGAUUUAUGCUGCGAUGGCUUUGGACCUCCCUAUUUGGACCAUCAAAGCUAUUGACAAGAUAAGAAGAGGUUUCCUUUGGAAAGGAAGAAAACAAGCCAAUGGUGGUCACUGUUUAGUGGCGUGGGGUAAGGUCACUAGGCCUAAAGUUCUGGGCGGCCUUGGGAUCACUGAUCUUUGGCUUUUGAGCGUGGCGCUUCGUGCUAGGUGGCCUUGGCUCCAGAGAACCGAUCACUCUAAGCCUUGGUCGGUUCUCCCUGUUCAGGCCUGUGGUACGGUGGAAGCCUUGAUCAAUGUUGCAGUUGUGUCUCAAUUGGGUGAUGGACAGGAUAUCCUCUUUUGGAAGGAUCGGUGGCUGAAUGGUAGAAGCAUCAGUGAGGUGGCACCUGAGGUUCUUGAGCAUGUAUCUAAGUGUGUUGUUUCCAAAAGGCUGGUAAAAGAUGCUCUAACAAAUCUGAAUUGGGUGGCUGAUAUAAGGGGUGCGCUUUCAGUUAGGGCGCUUGCACAGGUUUUGGAUCUCUGUGACUUGCUGGAGGGCUUAGUUCUUCAACCUGGGAUUCCUGAUAAGCAUUCUUGGAAGUUCAGCGCGUCGGGGGAUUACUCCUCUAGUUCUGCCUACCAGGUUCUUCUCCUUGGAGCUGUUGAGUUUAGGCCGGCUGAACGGAUUUGGAAGACCUGGGCACCAAGGAAAUGCAAAUUUUUUAUGUGGCUGGUUGUGCAUGAUAGAUGUUGGACAGCUGACAGGUUGGCAAAAAGGGGAAUGGAUCAUCCCGUCUGCUGUCCGCUUUGUGACCAGGCGGAUGAAACUAUUAAUCACUUAUUGGUCGAGUGCAGCUUUGCGAGGCAGUUUUGGUUCCUUUUCCUUCGGUCUGGGGACUUCCAGGUGCUCUGUCCCUCUGCAGGGGAUGGCUGCUUUGACUCUUGGUGGGAGAAGAGUGCCGAGGUGGUGGGCAAGCCUUUGUCGGAUGGUUUCAACUCGCUGGUCAUAUUGGGUGCGUGGUCGAUCUGGAAACACAGGAAUAGGUGUGUGUUUGAUGGUUGUAGCCCGAAUGUUGAGGUCGCCCUUUCGGCAGCUAGGGAGGAGUUGAUGUGCUGGCGUUUGGCUGGCGCUAAAACUCUCUCUUUCUUCCAUUUAGAGGAGCUGUCUUAGGCGUUAAUGGUGGUGUGAGUUUGUAAAACUGUUGUUUCUGUUUUGGGGCUCCCCCCCUUUUUUCUUCUUAAUAUAAAAAUACGCAGACCUCCUGCGUAUUCAA